UGAGUUUGACCUAGGGGGUGGGGCUAAUCCGGGUCAGAGGUUAACCCAGUGCGUGGGACUAAUCCGAGGGUCGACAACAAAUUGGCGCCCGAACAGGGACCGGUCUGAACGGGAUUUGGACACUGCUGGCAGUGAUCCAGGGCCAUGGUUGGACGGAAUAAGGGAAGCCGGUCCUGCAACGCAGCCCAGGAGGUGGAAGGGACAAGAAUCCCCGCACCCGCGUCGGGAAGGUGAAAGGGACGUGGAGUCCCCGCACCCGGGAGAGGAUCCCGCCGGUCACGCGUCGCCGAGGUCUGCAGCUCGGAAGGUGGAAGGGAGUCCCCGCAGCCGGGAUGAGCCUAUAUAGGGUCCCGCCGGAAAAGCGCCGCCGAGGUCUUUGCAAAGGCUGCAACCGACGUAUAUAAAGGGCCAACCUGGGUGCCUAGUCGAUGUGUUAAACCAGCCAUUGAAGAAAAGUCAUCAAGUACGAAUAACAGCAACCAUGGCUGAUCUAACGGCACAAGGGAUUCUGGUUGCGUUAUCUUUGACAAUGACGGUUGGACAUAAUAGUGCCAUCCUAAGCAAAAUCGAUCCUCAAACCAAUAUGUGGGUCACUUGGGCAAAUCAAACCGGACAAAGUUCAUUUUGCCUAUUCCUCGCUUCUGCGUCUGAUCCUUUCGUUGAAAUGGUUAAGGGAUCAUACGCAAAAAAUUGUAGUACAAGAUAGUUGGUUUGAAGGUUGGUUUAAAUCUGGUUUUGGGAACGUGGGUGGAUGGUUUUUCUUAGCUAAAGAGGGACUUUGCUUUCUACUUAUAUUGAUUAUAGUUGCUGCACGUAUAAUCUUUAACUGCCUAACUAAGAAACUAGAGCAACUCACAGAGAGGGUAUUUGUUGCGCAAAAUAAAAACGGGGGAAUUGUAGAGGAAUGGUUAAGUGAAGUAGGACAUGUGGAUGUUGAGCAGUUGGGAGACAAUGGGCUGGUGAAGUACUGGACUCAACUCACAUGAGCCUGGCACGUACACAGCAUGUUAAGAAGCAUGAGGUGAGGCGGCGCACGCUGCACGACCCGCUGAGCUUCUCGGAGCGCUUCAGCGCGGCGGCGCGGGCGGCCUGCGAGGGGCUCAUGGCCAAGGACCCCGGCGCCCGCCUGGGCUUCCAGGCCGGGAGCUGCGCCCAGCUCAAGGCGCACCCCGUCUUCGCCGCCGUCAGCUGGGGGCGCCUCGAGGCAGGCCUGGUGCCCCCCCCCUUCGUGCCGGACCCCCGUCGGGUGUACGCCAAGGACUUGGGGGAGGUGGGGGCCUUCUCAUCGGUGCGGGGCGUGGAGCUGGACGAUAGGGACGCGGCGCUGUGCGACGCCUUCGCCUCGGGGACCGUCCCCGUGCCCUGGCAGGAGGAGCUGAUCGAGACCGGCAUCUUCCAGGAGCUCAACGUCUGGGGGGACCCCGGGCAGCCAACGCCACCCCCCCCAGGAGGAAGCGCUCCUUGGACAAAUGCGGGUGUCUUUGUCCGUGGUAGAUUUUUUUAUUUUUUUUUUUUGGGGGGGGGGGGG